GCUGAAUGCACCAUGUGGUCUUGAAAGAUACAGAAGUUUGGUCCUUUGAGUUGUCAGUGCUUUCACCGCUCUGCAUACCGCAUCCUAAAUAGGAUGCUCUACAUGAUGCUGUACGGACACAGGCCUCUGGUCAUCGUUCAACAUAUAUUCUCUCAUUGAUCUUGAUACAGCGAUUCAAUCAGACUGUAUACCCACUUCGCCGGCAAUCAACAUCAAAAAGUGACAUUUGCCCGAUCCCCUACUGAAGAUAUCGAAACGACUCGGCCCAGUCUCAAACGGUCCUGUCAAGCACGUGACAGGAGCGAGGUAAUGCCGGCAUCCACCGCUUUGGGAAGAAACCAGUGCUCACUGCGGGAAUACUAAUCAUACUGAUAAUUAUCCCGGCCACUAGUGAGAGUUCUCUUGUUCCAAAAUGUCUCUUUCCAAGAACGUCAUCCGGUCGGGCCGCAUAACCCAGCAACCGCUAUUUCGAUGCAGCAUAUCCCGUCAGAAGGUCCAGCGAUCGCAAGAACGCUGUUUCAGCCAAUCUCGCGCUGUCGCCGCCCCAGUGACAGGAGCAAGUGAAGCUGAAGUGCAAGCAGCACUGAAAUACUGCUCGAAUCUUCUUCUACAAUAUGACCGUCCCUCCUAUACCCUCAGUACCUUCAUCCCCCGAACGGCGCAAACCUUUUACAUCGCUCUUCGAGCUCUUAAUGUCUCUCUUUCCCUAAUCCCUGAUACCACCUCAUCCCACACGAUCGGGCUUAUGCGCCUUCAAUUCUGGCGCGAUGCAAUGGCCAAAACACUAUCCGGGUCCCCCCCGAAAGAACCUAUUGCCAUUCUCCUCGCCUCCGCCAUCUCAGACCUCACCGAACGAACGCAAGGUCGGGCGCGAAUUAGCAAAGGCUGGCUGAAUAGAAUGAUCAAUGCCCGCGAGCAGACUCUUACCAACGACCCGUACCCUGAUAUCGCUGCCCUCGAAUCCUAUGCGGAAAGCACCUAUUCGACCUUGCUCUACUUGACACUCUCAGCACUGCCCAUGACAUCCGUAACGGCGGACCAUGUGGCAUCGCAUAUUGGAAAGGCAGCCGGUAUCACAGCUGUACUCCGUGGUUUGCCACUGGUGGCAUUCCCGGGCGCAUCGACUCAGCGUCCUGACCAGGCUGGUACGACAAUGGCCGGAGGAGCAAAGCAGGGAGCCGUAAUGCUGCCAUUGGAUGUAAUGGCGCAGGCUGGGGUAAAAGAAGAAGAGGUGUUCCGCCUGGGCAGUGAGGCGCCAGGAUUACGGGAUGCUGUUUUCACGGUUGCCACUCGGGCCAGCGAUCACCUGAUUACCGUGCAGCAGAUGUUGAGCAAUAUUCGUGCUGGGCAGGAUGCAGGGCAUGAGUUUGAGCACGGCCAUGAAAAGGAUCAUCAGUAUGAUUUCCAAUCCCAGAAUGAGACCCCACUACAGGAGGUCAAUCGUGCAUUUGGUGUGUUUAUGCCGGCCGUUGGAACGCGGCUGUGGCUGGAUAGACUAGAGAGUCACGAUUUCGAUAUCUUCCAGCCUGAACUUCUCCGUUCGGAUUGGAAGCUCCCUUGGAAGGCUUAUAUGGCUUUUACACGGAAGACCUUCUAAUGAUCUGUGAUCUUGGAGGUUUGAAUGUUUGACUUGUGUAUGAUAUGAUAGAUGUUUAAUAGUAUGUGCACCAGGCUAGGAUCUGGUCCGCUAUAUAUAGUAUGGCAAGGAUCUUGCCAUACUUUACCGUAACACAAGAGUUAUUCCACGAGGCUGGAGCCGAAUUUG